AUGUCAGGCCUGCUCUCCGUGCUCCUCCACCUCUCGCUGCUCCUCCCGUGGGCCGCCCCGGUGACCUUCCGCCACCACCGCUACGAUGAGCUGGUGCGGACGCUGUACAAGGUGCACAACGAAUGCCCCUACAUCACGCGUGUCUACAGCGUGGGGCGCAGCGUGAAGGGGAGGCACCUCUACGUGCUGGAAUUCAGCGACUACCCUGGAAUCCACGAGCCCUUGGAGCCCGAAGUCAAGUACGUGGGGAACAUGCACGGCAACGAGGUGCUGGGCCGCGAGCUGCUGCUGCAGCUGGCGGAGUUCCUGUGCGAGGAGUUCCGGAACGCCAACCCGCGCAUCCUGCGGCUGGUCCAGGACACGCGCAUCCACAUCAUGCCGUCCAUGAACCCGGACGGCUACGAGGUGGCGGCCGCCCAGGGCCCAGAAGCUUCUGGAUAUCUGCUUGGCAGAAACAAUGCAAAUGGAGUGGACCUGAACCGCAACUUCCCUGACCUCAAUAUGUACAUCUAUUACAAUGACAAGUACGGAGGCCCCAACCACCACUUGCCCCUUCCAGACAACUGGGAAAGCCAGGUGGAACCUGAGACUCGGGCCAUAAUCCAGUGGAUACAAUCCUUCAACUUUGUCCUUUCAGCCAAUCUCCAUGGAGGAGCAGUGGUGGCCAAUUACCCAUAUGACAAAUCCCUGGAGCAUCGGUUCCGGGGUUACCGCCGCACUGCCAACACCCCCACGCCCGAUGACAAGCUGUUCCAGAAGCUGGCCAAGGUCUACUCCUAUGCACAUGGAUGGAUGCACCAUGGUUGGAACUGUGGGGAUUACUUCCCGGAUGGCAUCACCAAUGGGGCUUCCUGGUAUUCUCUCAGCAAGGGAAUGCAAGACUUCAAUUAUCUCCACACCAACUGCUUCGAGAUCACGCUGGAACUGAGUUGCGACAAAUUUCCCCGCCAAGAGGAACUGCCGCGCGAGUGGCUAGGUAACCGGGAAGCCCUCGUCCAGUUCUUGGAGCAGGUACACCAAGGCAUCAAGGGAAUGGUGCUUGAUGAGAAUAACAAUUAUCUCCCUAAUGCUGUCAUAUCUGUCAGUGGGAUUAACCAUGAUGUCACCUCAGGUGCUCACGGUGAUUACUUCCGGCUGCUGCUUCCAGGCACCUACACUGUCACUGCCACGGCACCGGGGUUCGACCCAAAGACUGUGUCUGUGACUGUGGGUCCCGCGGAACCAAAACGGGUUGACUUCCAACUCACGAGAAGCAUCCCUCAGGGAACCGAGUCCCCAGCGCAGCACCCGGAGGCAGACUCUCACCAAAGCAAGUCCAGCCCCGGGUAG